UGCCGCUGGAGAGCUCUCCCGUCGACCGCAGGCUCCAGCUAAAAAAAAAAAGACGUGACACCUAACGUUUUUAUUUUGUAAUUUUAUUUAUUAAUUUCUCGCCGCGUCUUCACCUCGUGCAAGAUGUAACUUUUGUCGACACCACCUUCAGUAUAUUCAUGUAUUUGAAAAGAGCCGGGAGCGAGUGCGAAGAGACGAGAAGCCGAGCUGCUCUGGCGAAUGGAACUUAUUGUGCAUUUGUUUUGACUAUGUUAUCCCAUAAUGACUCUGGCUUCGGUCCGUCUCUGUCCGCCGUCGACCCUUGAAUUUUUUGGGAUUUACAUCCGAAUAGUUUAAGGGAGACACCGAAGGAGGAUUCUGCAAAAGCCAACGAGCAUUUCCUUUGCGGAGCCGGGGAUUUAAAUCGUCAUUUGGUUUGUGCUCCGGUAGAGGCGAGAGUCAAAGAAAAGAAAUUCAUGUGGCCAUUCUCUCUAUAGCCAAACAUUUUUGGGGAUUGCAUAAUGAGCAAGGAAAGACCUAAGAGGAAUAUCAUUCAAAAGAAAUACGAUGACAGUGAUGGAAUCCCGUGGUCGGAGGAGCGGGUUAUGCGAAAGGUGCUUUAUCUCUCACUAAAGGAGUUUAGGAGUGCACAGAAACGGCAGCUGGAUGGAGACGGAACCACAAACUCCAAUGGUUCUUUAGCCAACGGGCAGCUGAACGGCUCGGGGUCCAAAAGCGGCCACAAACAAGAUGGGUCCUUGCACUCUCAGGGCCUGGACGGGGGCAGCAAGUACGGCGAAGACGGUCCUGCAAAGAAGAGACCACGUCUGCAGGCGCAGAGGAAGUUCGCCCAGUCGCAGCCCAACUCUCCCAGCACUACGCCCGUCAAAGUGGCCGAGACGGGCAGCCUGAACACCGCCGUCCUGGCCGCCGUGCCCUCCUCGUCCCUCUCGUCUCUCUCCUCCUCGUCCCUGUCCUCUUUCAUCCAGGACCUGUCGAGGCGCAAGCCCAAGACGGAGGACUUCCUCACCUUCCUCUGCCUCCGAGGUUCAUCGGCCCUGCCCAGCAACAUGGCCUACUUCGGAAGCUCCCAGGAGGAGGAGGACCUAGAGGAUGACGAGGAGGAGGAAGAAGAGGAGGUGAGGAACGGAGGAGGAGGGAUCCACUCUCACGGUGGGGGGAGCGUCAGCCAAGCCUCGGCCUCCUCCUCGUGCCACUCGACGCCCCGCAAGGGCAAACUUCCCGCCAGGCAGCCGCUCAAUGGACACGUGUUCAACAGCCAUGGUAAAGCAGGAACCAGGGAGAGUCCGAGGCCUAAGGCAGGAACUUACGGCAGGGAUGCGCCCGCCCCACCACUGCCACCUCCCCCACCUCCGCCGCCGCCCCUCCUGAGAGAGCGCAGUGAGCGGGCGGAGGCACGGGAGCACCUGAGGGAGCAGCAGGCUUUGGCCAGCAGUCGCGGCUCGGCCAAUGGGCUGCCUUCAAGAAGAGCGGCUGAGGAGCUACGCAAACAGGUCUCAAAAGUGAACGGGCUGACGCGGGCGGGCUCGGCACAGGCUGUCAGUGGUGCCAAAAAGAGCCGUGACUUCCGACUGCCGUCCAAAACUGUGAAGAAGUACACAGCCACCGUGUCCAAGGGCCACGUCACCUACACCAAAGCCAAACAGAAAGAACUGGGCAAGAAAACCAAACUCAGCAACAGCAGCAACAAACACAACAGCGCCGCCUCGGCACCAUCGUCAGCGAACAAUCACAAUCAGCACAGCCAGCCGGCAGCAGCCAGCAACGGGCUGGCCAACUCAGGAAAAGCAGCGGCGCCAGCCCUCCACAGCAAUGCAAAAACCCGCAAACAGGUGCUAUUAUCCAAUGGGCUGCACGGCGUCGCCCGCCUCAACGGCAGGCUGAACGGGCAGCGGCACAACACGACGGUCAAAGAGGACGUCGUACAGAGACAGUGCCAGCGGCAGCAGAGCCACGCGGAGUGCGCCGGUCGGGAAGGACUGCGCAACUCCAAGAGGCGCCUGGAGGUUGUGCUCAACCCAGUCCCGACGGGGGUUAUCGAACAGAAAGCCAAAACCACGGUGAACGACGCCAAGAAGGCGAAGAUUCAACCCUCCUCCUCGCUGGAGACGCGCAGCAGCAAGAAGGUGGCCAAUCAAGACAAAGCUGCCUCACAAACCCCCACCCCCCCUAUUUCUAAUGGACAUGAAUCAAAAACAUCCUCCUCACCUGAACAAACUCCACCUGUCAGCCCGCUUACACCUCCCACGCCGCCUCCUCAACAAACCCCGCCUCCCUCUACACCAGCAGCCAACGCGGAGCCGGUGAACCAGCGACCCAAGCGGGCGUCGGCCGGCAAGCUGAUGCUGAUUCGACAAGCGCAGCAGCAGCAGAGCAGGUCUCACGGUCGCAGCUCAUCCUCCUCCUCCCCGUCAUCGGGCCAGAAUCACACACAGAACCCCAGUCGUGCCAGCACUACCUCAGACCCCCAACAAACCUCUGUGUCAUCCAAUGCCACCUCCCCCUCCCCGCUCGCUUCCACCAACAGCCCCGGACCGCUCAAGCCGGCAGCGUCUCGGCUCCUCGACCGCGACAAGGAGUGGGAGCGCGAGAAGGAUAUGACGCGGCAGAAGGAACGCGAGCAGGAAAGGGAGUGGGACCGCCAGCGGAGCAGGUCCGAGGGCUGGGCGGCGCUGGGCGAAGCCCCCGUCUUCCGGCCGGCCCCAAGGGAGUUCCUGGACCCCCUGGUGUAUUUGGACGCAGCGAGGGAGCAGGCCGAGGACGCCGGCAUGUGCCGCGUGGUCCCGCCUCCCGACUGGCGGCCUGAGUGCAAGCUGAGCGAGGAGAUGCGUUUCGUCACACAGGUGCAGAGGGUCCACAUGCUGGGCCGGCGCUGGGGUCCCAAUGUGCAGCGGCUGGCCUGCAUCCGGAAGCACCUCAAAUCUCAGGGCAUUACCAUGGAGGAGCCUCCUGUCAUCGGUGGCUGUGAAGUGGACCUGUCACGUUUUUUCCAGCUCAUCAACGACAUGGGUGGCAUGCAGCAGGUGAUGGACCUGAAGAAGUGGACCAAGCUGGCCGACCUCCUGUGCAUCCCCAAGUCAGCGCAGGACCGGCUGGCCAAGCUGCAGGAGGCGUACCUCCAGUACAUCCUCUCCUACGACUCGCUCAGCGCCGAGGAGCGCCUCUGCCUGCAGGCUGAGGUGCUGCAGGAGAAGAAGAACCUGGAGUCCCACCGCGGCCCCCUGGAGGGCCUGUCGGACUCCUCGGCACCCAGCGCGCUCGUGCUGCCGCGCUACGAGCCCAAGAACGGUCUGGCGGGUGGGAUGGUGGGAGGGACGACGGGCAAUCACCGCACCAACGGAGUGUUUCAUCGUCUGAAGGAGCUGGAGGCUCAGGUCAAAGCGGGCCGGCGCCGGCUCUUCGCUCAGGAAAAACAAGGCAAAGAGGACAAGCAGCACGGGGAGGAGCAUCAGGAGGAGGAGGACUGGGGAGUUCUCAGUGACCAGCACAAAUGUAUUAACAAGGGGAAAUCGGUGUCUUUGACCAACUUCUUCAGGAUAGCCCGGAACACCAUGACCAUGUGCUUUAACAAGGAACCAGGGGCUGCUGAGGUCGAGCAAGAGUACUGGAGUAUUGUGGAGCAGAGAGACAGCCAUGUGGCAGUGCAUUGUGGGAAGGUGGACACUAGUACACAUGGCAGUGGUUUCCCCACAGGAAAAUCAGAGCCAUUUUCAAAACAUGGAUGGAAUCUCACCGUCCUCCCCAAUAACCCUGGAUCCAUUCUGAGACAUCUGGGUGCUGUGCCUGGGGUGACCAUUCCCUGGCUAAACAUUGGCAUGGUCUUUUCUACCUCAUGCUGGUCUCGAGACCAAAAUCGCCUUCCAUAUAUUGAUUACUUACACACUGGUGCUGAUUGCAUUUGGUAUUCUAUCCCUGCUGAGGAGAAGGCUAAGCUGGACAAGGUGGUCCAUACACUGCUUCAGGCCAAUGGCACCCCAGGACUAGAAAUGUUGGAGAAGAACAUCAUGAUCUCUCCAGAGGUGCUGUGCCGCGAGGGCAUCAAGGUUCAGCGCACGGUCCAGCGCAGCGGUCAGUUCGUGGUCUGCUUUCCUGGUGCCUUUGUCUCUAAAGUGUGCUGCGGCUACAGCGUGUCAGAGACGGUGCACUUUGCCACGCCGCACUGGAUGAACCUGGGUUACCAGGCUGCAAAGGACCUGAAGUGUCGUCGUAUUGCUAAACCCUUCUCCAUGGAGAAGCUACUGUAUCAGAUUGCCACAGCGGAAUCCAAGAGGGACAAUGGCCUUCUCCUCACCACCAUCUCCGCCCUACUCAAAGACCUCAGGAACAUAGAGAUGCACCAACGUCAGGAACUUUACAAGGCAGGUUUGCUCUCCUCGGCCCGCUACGGCACCCAUGACGGCAGCCUGGGGCCGGUCGAGGGACGCAAGAAGCCCCGCGGGAAAUGGCUGGCACUGGAGUCCUCUGAGAGACGCUGCCAGAUCUGUCAGCAUCUCUGCUACCUGUCCAUGGUGGUUCAGGAGACCGACAAUGUUGUCUUCUGUCUGGAGUGUGCACUGCGCUACGUGGAGAAGCACAAGUCCUGCAGAGGCCUGAAGAUGAUGUACCGAUACGAUGAGGAGCAAAUCAACAGUUUGGUCAACCAGGUGUGUGGCCGGGCCAUGUUAAAGAACGGAGGCAGCGUUGUCGGUAACGGUGCAGUCGUCGUCAGCGUGGGAGCAGAGGACCCGUGCGUCAACUUAAGCCCCGCCAAAGCUUCCCCCCCGGCAAAGCGAGGCCCUCGUAAACGCGCCACAGUGGAGGUGUCCCUCGCUCGCCUGUCCUCCAGCCACAUCCCCAAGGCUGCUGCUGUGUCCUGAGGGGGAGACGCCUCAAUGUCAUCGCUCCGGUGCGCUGUGCCCACAUCCUGCCUACCAACCCCUCCAUUAGCGCCCCCUUAAACUCCCCUGUUAUUUUUGUUUUUUUACAUUGAAAAUCACUAUCACCCCCCUCUCCAACACCUGAAAUUUAAGAUGGUUUUUCAUCUUUGAAAAUCCUCCCAAAAAUGGUCACCUCCCCCCUUAGUAUGACAUGCUUGUUUUAUAAAAAGAGAAAAAAGCAAAAGAAAAGCAAGAUGUCUUUUUUGCACUAGUGUGAAAGAAGAAUUUGUUUUAUUCUGGAUGAUUUUAGAAUCGCCCCCGUCCCCCCUUAAAGUCGUCCUUUUUACAACGUCUCAAGCAUUAAGUUUUAACGUUCACAAGAAGACUCGAUGGGCCCAGUAAUACCCUCGACUUCCGCCCGUAUCCUCCUCACACUGAAAUGGGUUACACUUGUUACCUUCUUGUUGCAUCACGCUAUCCUCCCCACAUCUGGCCCACCCUGGAGAAUGAACCCCGCCCCCUCCUCAUCACACGUCACUCAGCUGUGAACACGGGACUAAUGAAAAGGCGGCCCUUUUUUUUUUUCCUCCCCUGGUUCUUCUUAAAUGAAACUGACAUCAAGUAGUUACCCAAAGUUUCUCCCUGUCCUUGCUUUGAGGAAGAGGAGUCCUUUUUUUAAAUUGAUUUUAUUCUUUCUUGAUGCAGCUACUGCAUUUUCUUUGUAGAGGGGGGGUCGGCGAUGCGAGGUAAAAACUUGAAAGACAGACGAUGUUGGUUUUUUGUUGGUUGACUAUGUUUUUCCAAGUCCUACUUUGAAUUUUAGCUUUGUUUUUUGAUAGUAUUUUUUUUGUUUUUGCAAGAAGUCUUCUGUGUAUUUUAUUUUAUUUUGUCAUUGUGGAUGUUUCUUUUUGUCGAUGGAUGUGAGAGGGGCGGAGCCACAGCGGCUUGGCCUGUGAUAGGUCACUGCUUACCUCACAUCCUGUUAGUAUGGAGGGAUCCCUCCUUCGCUAGCGAGUGAAAACCGUGCCUGAUACUUAGCGAGGAGAUCCAUUUUAUUGGUGCUGUUGGUUAUUACUGUAUAACAACACAAAAAAAAAAAUUAAAAUCUUGGGGGUUAGCACCUGCUAGUGGCUAACGGCUAGCUGGUGCACCCCCACCCCACAGGGCAGAAAGGCUGUCGGGCUUUUCUGGUUCUAGAUGUGCAAUCGUGUUAACAUUCCAUUCUUCCAGUCCUCUUGUUUCAUCUGUACCAGUAAACAUUAAUUAUUAUAUUAUAUUAUUAUUAUUAUUUUGUGUUGUUUUUUUUUUUUUUUUUACUUUUGUUGAUCUGAUGUGUUUUCUCAAGUAGAGCCACUAGUCAAAGAGUGUAAAAUGUGAAAUAUCAAAUCCAAGUUUUGUUUCUUGUUUCUUUAAAUUGUCCCUUGUUUUUUUGGCUUUUGCAUUUUUUUUCCCUUUUCCAGAUAUAUUAUGAGUGCUUUUUUUUUUUUUUUUUAGAGACAGGAAAAAAGUCCAACGCAAACAAAACAUCAACUUUUUUUGUAAAUAAUCCUGUAAAUUUCUUUAAAUACUUGAGCCUGAUUCUGGGGAUAAGGAAUAAAGGAAUAAAGGAAGGAACAAAGAGAGAAACGAUGAGAGGGUGCUCGAUGAAGAAAAAGCCUUACAUUUCCCUUUCUUCAUCCAUGUUAGUUUGACGCUUACAGGGUCACUCUGGUAAACGUGUAUAAAAAUUUUAAGUGCUGCUUAUAUCACUAAGAAAGAAGAUAUUGAGUAGCCAACAACUGCCCCCCAAACUAAGUUCUGUUUGUUUAGCUUUACUUUUUUAAAGAAAAGGGAAAAAAAGAGAUGUUCACAAAAAAAAGUGGGUUUUUACAUUUUCAUUACUGAAAAUUCAACAAAAAUGUAGUAGCUACUCAUGUUGCACUGAGCUUGCCAGUGGUGACUGUCAAGGAAAAAUCCUAUAAUCCAGUUUGUUGGUUGUCGUCCCUCACAGAAGACUGAACUGUUUUAGGACUAUUUAAUGAAAUACCAAGUCGGGUAUUUUCAACAUUUAAAAAAAAGUGGUUGUCAAGUUUUUAUGGCCUUACAAUAUAUUUUAUUCUGAUGGGAUUGUUUUUGUUUUUUCAGUUCUCUGUUUUGUCGUUUCUUCCAUUUUUCUACAGUAUAAAACUACUUGCUCACAGUGGGGUCUCUGGUGACUUAAUUUAUUAGUGCCGCAUCUCGGCCUUUCCCUCCACUCGGAAAGAGAGUCUCAUGUUGGUUAUAUUGACAGUUUUUUACUUUUGCAGUUUGUACUUAAGGUUUAAUAAAAACUUAUGGACAAUUCACUGUCA